UUUUAAUAUUAAAGGAAUUUAACGAUGAAAAUGUGAAAUAUUGAAGAAAGUGUGAUAUAAAUACAAUAUAUAAUACGCAACAAGAAGUAUUUACAUAAAUAAUACAAAAUACUUGAUGGUUUUGUACAUAUUUUGACAGAAGAAAGGAAAGUAUGGACCAAAUUCGCGACAACUACCACCACAUUGAUCCUGGUAUUACAUACACCAAACAAAACAUACCAUGUCUUAUAGAUUUGGACGAUCUUGAAUCCUUGCACGUCAACGAUUUAUUCGAGUACGAAUUAUCAGAUAGUUGCCAAUGCACUACAGAAUGUUCUUCCGAAACCAACUGCCCUUGCAUUGCCAAAUUUGGCCAAAACUACCAAAAGGAUGAUUUAAUUCUGCACCCGGAUAACAUAGAUGCACCACAUAUAGAAUGCGGUAGAAGAUGCAAAUGUUCACCAAAAUGUGGUAACAGACUUGUGCAAUAUGGACCAAGACUUGGCCUGGAGAUUUUUGAUACCAAGGGUAAAAAUUUGGGUUUAAAAUCAACCCUUAGGAUUCCCAAAUUUGGUUUCGUUUGCGAGUACGCAGGAGAAGUUUUAACCCCAAAAUUAGCCCGCCAACGUUUUCAAGACAACAAAUUAAAUUCCCUCAUGAAUUACAUUUUUUGCCUAAACGAAUACACAUCUGGUAAUCAACUUACCAGGACUUUUAUAGAUCCUGGUAAGUGUGGUAAUAUUGGACGAUAUUUGAACCAUAGUUGUGACCCUAAUUGUUUUAUUGUGCCAAUAAGGGUUGAUAUCAAUGUGCCAAAACUUUGUGUUUUUACUUUGAGGGAUGUUGGGGUUGGUGAGGAAUUGACUUUUGAUUAUGGUGAUGGACAACAAGGUGAAGGUACUCGUUGUUUGUGUGGAGCAAGGGUUUGUAGAGGGUUUUUGCCUUUCGAUAUUGAAAAUUCAGCGUAA